AUGAAAAAAGCUAUAGGGAUAUUUAUGAUACUAUGUUUCUUUACUACUUAUACUGUUGCAUCACCGUUACUAGCCGGUGGCACACUGGUAGUUGUUGCAGGUCUUGUUGGUAAACCAUUAUUCUGCCACUUUAAAGAAUGUUGUAAUAACAAGUGGAUAUCACAAGAAUUGCCAAACCUAAAAGCUGAACUAAAUAAUAAGGUUUUUGGCCAACAUAUUGCAAUUCAGGUUGUACAUAAGGCAAUAGAGGGCCACAUAAAAAAUAAAAGUCCAUCAAAAGCUUUGGUGCUUUCGCUUCAUGGAUCAACUGGUUGUGGUAAAAAUCAUGUCAGCAACAUUAUUGCAGACAGUCUGUACAAGUUAGGAAGGAAUAGCAAGUACAGGCAUCAAAUAAUUGCAACGCAUGAUUUUCCACACAAGGAAAGAUUGCCAGAAUAUAAAGAUAAAUUAAUAAAUUUCAUUAGCGAAAAAGUGAAGGCCUGCCCAAAGACGUUGUUCAUCUUCCAUGAAGUGGAUAAAGUCCCUGAAGGAUUGAUGGACACCUUGCGACCAUUCUUAGAACACCAUGAGAAGGUUGAUGGAGUAGACUAUCGCAAGAGUAUAUUUAUUUUGUUAAGUAACACAGGUGCAGAGAUGAUUAACGGAUUUGUUAUCAACCACUGGCGAAAGGGUAACAAACAAGAAGAUUUAACAUUUAAGGAUCUGGAGCCAGUUAUAAAUAAUGGGGCAUUUAAUAUAAAAGGUGGUUUAUGGCAUAGCAAUUUAAUCAAAAAUUUUCCGAUUGACUUCUUUGUUCCAUUCUUACCACUAGAAAGAUCACAUGUCAAGGAAUGUAUCAGGGCAGACCUUUUAGCAAAGAAUGUAAAAGUCACAGAAACAAUGGUUAAUGAGGUUGCAAAUUUAUUGCAGUAUAGUAGCCCUGACAAAAUAUUUUCCUCAACAGGAUGUAAACAGGUCUCUACUAAAGUUUAUUAUGUUAUUUAG